AGGUUGGCUCUUAUUGCAGCUAAUAUGCCAAGUGCCAAGCUGGCUGCAUUUUCCCCAGUUGAAUUUACCGUGUCCACUAUUGACAAAAUGGGACACAAGGAAGAGGUGGAAGAUAGCUGUAUUUGGAAGAAGCAAACAAAUAACAUACGUGACACGUUCGUGUUCAUGGAAGUGCUAGGAUCUGGUGCCUUUUCUGAGGUUUUCCUAGUAAAAGAGAGGUCCACUGGACAGCACUAUGCUUUAAAAUGUAUAAAGAAAGUGAAUAGUGCAAGAGACCGAAGCUUGGAGAAUGAAAUAGCAGUUUUAAAAAAGAUUAAACAUGAUAAUAUUGUGACACUUGAGGAUAUCUAUGAGAGCUCUUCACACUUCUACCUUGUCAUGCAGCUGGUAUCUGGAGGGGAGCUCUUUGAUCGUAUAUUGGAGCGUGGAGUUUACACAGAGAAAGAUGCCAGCAAUGUUAUACGCCAGGUUCUGUCUGCUGUUAAAUAUCUUCAUGACAAUGGAAUCGUCCACAGAGAUUUAAAGCCAGAAAACCUCCUUUACCUCACUCCUGAUGAAAACGCAAAGAUUAUGAUAACAGAUUUUGGUCUUUCCAAAAUGGAGGAAAGUGGGAUCAUGUCCACAGCCUGUGGCACUCCAGGCUAUGUUGCUCCUGAAGUCCUUGCACAAAAGCCAUAUAGUAAGGCAGUGGAUUGCUGGUCUAUUGGAGUUAUUACAUAUAUUUUGUUAUGUGGCUAUCCCCCUUUCUAUGAAGAAACUGAAUCUAAACUCUUUGAGAAAAUCAAGGAGGGCACUUAUGAAUUUGAAUCACCAUUUUGGGAUGACAUUUCUAAAUCUGCAAAAGAUUUCAUAAAUUGCCUCCUAGAGAAGGAUCCUAAAGGACGCUAUAACUGUGAGAAGGCCCUUAAGCAUCCAUGGAUUGCUGGGAACACUGCUCUCCAUCGAGAUAUUUAUCAUUCAAUAAGCAUCCAGAUUAAGAAGAACUUUGCUAAAAGCAAAUGGAAACAAGCAUUCAAUGCAGCGGCAGUUGUUUAUCACAUGAAAAAAAUGCAUAUGCAUAACAGUCAGAACAGCUGUGGAUCUUCCUCUGAGAUGAAGAUUGGAGUGCCCACUAUCAAAGUGUAUGAUGCUUCAAGACCUUCAACCCCGGUCAUCAGCACUUCUCAGGAUGGAAUCCUAUGCGACAAGGAUAGGUUACUUGUCUAUGCAGCCAACAAACUUUCUACAGGGAGCACAGAGACAAAGAGUCCAUGUAACCUUUGCCAUGAUGAGAACAACUCUGAUAUAAUAAAAGCAACAAAUAAUGUCUGUGCUAACAUUUCAAAAGAUACCAUGACUCAUUUUGAGAAAAGCAAGAGGGGUAAUGAUAAUUCAUCUCACCAUAAACAAACUCAAGGCCAAGUUCUUCCCAAAUCAAAUCAAGAGGUUCAGAGUGACCCUCCCAAAAAAUCCUUCAGGAAUGUAAAACAAAAUAGUGCUACACAGACCAGUCCAGUGCACAAUACACUUUCAGAAAUAUGUCGAGCUGGUUCCAUAAAUGGUGCAAACUCCCCAAUGAAGGUCAAGCCACAGGUCAGUCAGGCUACAAAGUCCACUACUCUGAGUAAACCAACACAAUCUGAUCCACAUUCAAAGGACAACCAGCAACAGAAACAUAAAAACACUCCCCACUCUCUUGAUAUCUCAUUGUCACCUUCUGAGAAAACUAAAGGACAUAGCUUACAAAAAAUACCAUCUGCAAAUACAUCUUGCAAAAAGUUAACUUCACCAGUUAAUAUUACAACUAACACCACUCAAAAACCUCCUCCUCAAGCAAGUCCAACUUCUCUGAAAACACCCAUAAAAGAAUUCAGUUCUCCAAAGACCCCCUCAAAAAAGGACAGUGCUCAGACCUCUGUUCAAGAAAACACAGUCAAGAAGAACAGCUCUAAAAAGUCUAACUUAGAUCAUGAUAUCCUGUGCAUGGAAAUCCCUCAGUGCAAACCCUUGGACUUAUCUAAUGGAACUGUUAAAACUGAUAAGUUUUCAGUUCCUACUAAUAUAUAUGUAGCUAAUGGGAGCUCAAGUGAAACCUAUGAGAAAGGAAAGCCAAUAUCCUGCUCAGAACAUGGUCUGAUGAAGAAAAGUCACAAGAAACAGUAA